UUACUCUGAGUCUGAGUUCGAUGAUCCCUCGUUUGUGGUGAUGCAUAGACUACGAGUCUACGUAGUUGCAAAGAUUUCUGCAACAGGUUUUGCGUGCUGCCUGCUGGUCGAAUCAGGAGAUAGCGGCCAGGUGGCUGGCGCACAAGGAGUUGCGGGAUUAUUACCUAUCUUCAACCAGUGCAGAGUUUAGAGGUGGCUGGACCAAUUAAAAUUAAUCCAGGCACAUGUAAAUCACCAAGUACUAGUAUCGAGUAACGGUUAUCUGCGAGGUCUACCCAGUAUUAUUAUCGUCAUCACAAUGUAAUGGUGUUUUCAGGGCGACCAGCACUCAUCGCACUUCUUUUGUGCCUGGCCGUUGUCUACUAUGUCGUGAACUACGAGCGACGCUUGUCCACCAAGCGUCGGCGAGCUGUUGUUCAGCAGCCUCAUGAGGACAAUGAACAGCUUGCUGCGCCAAGUGGCCCUGGACGACAGGUGGAUGCAGCAGCACCACCACCAGUCCAGGUCGGGUGGACGACGGACGCCAUUGGCGUCCCUGAAAGGAAGGAGGCGGAAGCGCCAACGUAUGAAGUGGACAAUGGCGGCGGCGGAGACGAUGGAGCAGUGCGCGUUCUACGCGGCGUGCGAUUGCCUCCUGCUCGACCAUCGGAUCGCAUGCUAGAGGUGGGUACAUCUUGGCAUCGCUACGGCAAGCCAUUCCACAACGUGAGACUGCGCACGCUGUGCUUUGUAUUUCAAUGCCAGCCUGGGCCACGCGGUCAGCUGGUGGCAUUUGCCCAGCGCCUGGAGGGGAUAUUUGACCCUUCCCGGAGGCAGUACUUACUUCUAUGGGUGCACGAAAUGGGGGACCUUGUAGCUCUACUGAAAAUGGAAGGUGAAGAAAUAAAACGUACUACACUGGAGGGAACAUUCUGUGACGGCAAGCACAAGAUUGUUACGCUGAAAGUUGUCAAGCCUACAAGGAUAUUACUGACAGCUCACUCGGUUGCUGAAUCACCCAUGGGUGAUUUUGAAGGCCACGCGGAACGUGCUCUGGCGGAGCGCUUAGACCAGCUAGGCAAUGUCACUGUCGACUCGGGCUUGUACCUGGGUGCAGUGCCUGACCAGAGCUAUCUAAGAGAUCACGACGGCAUUCCGGCACUGGACAGCCUGCACGGUCGCCUGCAUUCACAGAUACUGGUGAACGGUGUGCGCAGCACAUACAUGGGCAGCAGCAGCACCACCAGCAGCAGUAAGGCGUUAGACCGUGGGACUACACUUGAAGCAGCGGGAGAGAGUCUGAGUAGGGCGAUCACGAACCUCUCGGGACCGGUGGACGUUGGCAACACCAUUAACCAAGCACCGGUGGACCUGCAUAACAUAACAGUGAAACAAUUUCCAGUUCUGAGUGCUCUCAGCGACAGCCACUACAGGGAAAUUGCAGGCCUGAUUCAGUCCGUUCAUAAGACAAUGCCCCGGAGAGGCAUCCUGAUCUAUGACCUCGGACUAAUAGAGCGAUACGUCAAGAAGCUGAGAGCGCUGCAGCGGGUAGCAGUGCGCAAAUUCCCUGCAGAGCUCUACCCAGAUUUGGUGCAAGACCUCUACCAGUAUCGUUUCAAACCGAUGCUCAUUCACAGCGGGCUGCAGACGUUUGGUGGUGUAAUCUAUGCAGAUUCGUCCAUUCGCUUCCAGCUUCCAGUGUUGCAGAUCCCCCAGUUGAAGUAUAGCCCCGGUGUGAUGCUUUUUGCGCCAGACAGCAUCUCGCCGCUACACGCAUACACACACGGUGGCAUGCUGAAGUACCUGGGACUGAGUCGUGCAGACGUCACCAAUGGCACGGUGGUCAUGGGAGGCCUUGGCGUCUGGGUGGACAAGCCAUUCACCGUCGAUGUCCUGCUGCCGCUCUGGCUGAGAUGCGUACUCGACAAAUCGUGCAUUGCACCACCGGGUGCCAAGCUUAUGCCAUGCGACCAAGUAGUGUCCAGUUCGCCAGUGCCAUUGACAUCUGCUGCAGUUGGUCGGUACCUUGGCUGUCAUCGUUAUGACCAGAGUGCGCUGAGUUGCUUCUUGCUGAAGAUAUCGCGCACGCAGAAAGCAGAUAUGAGCGACAUAAUCGUUCCAGACUCGGUCGUUUCCAAAUUUGUUGAGGUCAAGCGGAUGUGAGACCCAAACUGGAAAAGCCAUGCAGGACUGAUGACCGUGGCCAGCAGGGGCAUGGCUCACGCAUCUGUGGUGUGGUGACCAUAUAUCAGACUGUACAGCUGUGGUGUGGUGACCAUGUAACGUUAUCAGACUCAGUACGGUACACCUGUGGUGUGGUGACUAUAUACCAUCGGCAACCUCAUAGGUGCUAGUUUGUCUGUUAGGACUACUGUACAUAUAUAUACAUGUAGUGCCUAGAUGUAUAAUGACCAUUUGCUGGUGUGGUGACUGGACCAUGCUGACUAUACACGAGCUGCACGCCUGGCCAGUUGUGCUGCUUGAAGCUAGCCAGUGCAUGUCACGGCUAACAUUGUGCUCUGCCGAAUGUUGACCAUAUCGAUGAAUUCGAAUUUGGUAAGCUA